GUCUCGCUGUGUAUAUGUAUGUGUGGGCUGAAGAGCAAGAAGGUCAGGAUGCUGAGCAGCUUGGCAAACUACUUACUCGGAGGUAAUAUCUCCGGCGCGCAAGAUUCACGGGAAAGGUCCAAUAACGAAAGCCCGGAGUCCCUUCCAGUAAUAGCGAGGCUCAGUCAGGUGGAGGUUGAGGGCGAAGACUGGAUCCUCAUUGACCGUGCUGUUGAGGGCGCGACGGCGCUGGAGGAGUCGUGGUAUGUAACGCCACCCGCAUGUUUCACACGGGCGGGCCCCGUGAACGUAGAAACAUCACCGCUAGAGGACCUGCUGAUAGAGCAUCCCAGUAUGUCCGUGUACCGAGCCACAGCGUCUCCGGUCGCCCCACCUGCCGUUGAUCGCGCCCGAACCGAGAAGAGGAUAGCUCAGCUUCGGUCGGCUUCGCAGAAAGUUUUCGAGAAGAGGUCUACCCAAGCGUUGAAGAGAGGCCGUUUGGAGAGGAGUAACAAACUGAGGGAGGUGUUCAGUGUAAAAGGCAAGCGGCCACGCCGCCAGGACCGCUUGCGUAUCCAGAACAGUGGCGCAAACAACAACCGGAAAUGCUAGUCAUUCGAUCUCAGACCAAGGUGUACUCAAAUACUUUCUUCCUGAAAAAAAACGCGAUUUCUGGCGUUUAACUCAUUGAGUUCAGGCGACUGAGAUUUAAGUGUUCAUCGACUUACUUUCAGCCUACUACAUUCUACAGCAUAUUGCAAUUAUGCCUAAUGUAAUAAACUGAACGAUAAACAAAAAGACGAAUUAGAUAGCAAGAGGAAAGGUCAAGUCGAUAAAAAAGAAUAUAUGAAUGGAACAAAGCACAUACAAAUAUUAAUUCAAAAAAAAGAAGGAAAGAAGAAAAAAUAAAUCACGUGGAGAAGCCAUAGAGAUCUGCUCUUAUAUACGCGCCCUCCCUUAUCGUGUAUUUUAUAUAUUGCUUCUAUAUUGCUUCUUCGCGUACAAAAUGCUCGAGAAUUGUUUUUCUCGAGAUUAUUAUUAUACGAAGAAAGCGAACAAUAGAGUGAAACAAGAAAAGAAAGGAAAAAAACAAAAUCGUUUCUUUACGAACUUGAUACGAACUUGAUGUCUCCUGCUAAGAAGAAACGUCGUCUGAGGAAAGAAA